ACUGACUCGCCCCUUUUCAACACAAUAUACGGGUCCCACGUCCUUCUCUUGGACAGAUAGAUUUCAUCAUCAUUUUGUAUUGCCAGGGCCGUCGUGUUGCCCCUGGCUCCCCGGUGCUACUCACCCACUCACCUUAACACUUGAGAAACAACCCACUAGGGGACAUCUCGCCACCAUGUACGAAGCUAGCAAUGCGGGCGGUCUCUUCGGCUUCGACAUCAGCUCCAUGUCAGGCGUCCUAGGCACCGAGGCAUACAAGCGCUACUUCAACAACCCGCUCUCGUACGCCCAGGGUGGUAUCACAGCUUCGAUGCCGGCGGGCAGCCUGGUCGCCUCGCUGUUGUCGUCCUUCAUCGCCGACAAGUACUCGCGUAAAGUCGCCCUCCAGUUCUCCUGUGUCCUCUGGAUCAUCGGCUCCAUCCUCAUGGCCGCCGCCCAGAACAUUCCCAUGCUCUGCGUCGGGAGAGUCAUUUGCGGCUUCUGUGUCGGCAUUGCCUCGGCCAUUGUGCCCGUUUACCAGUCCGAGAUUGCGCCCAAGGAGAUUCGAGGAAGAGUGGUUUCCCUGCAACAGUGGGCCAUCACAUGGGGAAUCUUGAUCCAGUACUUUAUUCAAUUCGGUGCAGCCGAGGGCAUUGGCGGCGGACCGACCGACCCGAACCAGCCAACCGCUGCCUUUCGCAUCCCCUGGGGAGUCCAAAUGGUUCCUGCCGUCAUCCUCUUGGUCGGCUUGUUCUUCUUCCCCUACAGCCCCCGCUGGCUUGCUUCCAAGGACCGCAUGGACGAAGCCCUCCGGGUGCUCGCACGCCUCCACGGCGGGGGCGAUAUCAAUCACCCCAAGGUUCUUGCGCAGUACCAGGAAAUCGAAGAAGCGCUACGGUUCGAGAGGGAGCAGGCCACGUCGUCGAUCAAGGACCUUGUUGCUCCGAGGAUGUACAAGCGCGUGCUCCUGGGUAUGAGCAUCCAGAUGUGGUCUCAGCUUUCCGGGAUGAAUAUCAUGAUGUACUACAUCGUCUACAUCAUGCAGGGUGCCCAGAUCGCUUCCCCGCUUGCCACCGCAUCCAUCCAGUACGUGAUCAACGUCGUCUUGACACUACCCGCCAUCGUCUUCCUCGACAAGUGGGGCCGCCGUCCCUCACUCAUCUUCGGUUCCUUUGGCAUGAUGACUUGGCUCUUUAUCUCCGGCGCCCUCCAGCAGUACUACGGCCAGCCCAACACGGGAGACGUCUGGUCGCGCGAAACCAGCGACAUCACCUGGGUCGUGCACGACAACCGCCCGGUCUCGUCGGCCAUCGUCUCGUGCUCCUACCUCUUCGUCGCCACCUUCGCCACCACCUGGGGCCCCGUGUCGUGGACCUACCCGGCCGAGAUCUUCCCCAGCAAGAUCCGCGCCAAGGCGGUCUCCCUGGCGACCGCCACCAACUGGUUCUGGAACAUGGUGCUGGCCUUCGCCGUCCCGCCGCUGCUGUGGAACAUCUCGUACAAGAUGUACUACAUCUUUGGCGCCUUCAACGCCGCCGCCUUUAUCCACAUGGCGCUGAUGGCUCCCGAGACCAAGGGCUUUACGCUCGAGGAGAUGGACGACGUGUUCAACUCGGGCCUGCCGGCGUGGAAGAGGUACCAGAAGCCUAGCCGGCUGGAGGAGUUGGAGAGGGAGAUUGAGGCGGGCAAUUUGAAGGUUGAUGUUCCUGUGGGCGGUCAAACCACAGCUGCGAGUGGUACUGCUGCUCCGGCGGCGACAGAGUCUGAGAAGAAGCCAGAGCAGGCGGCCACUACGUCUUAGGUUGUUCCAUGGGUCUUGGUGGGAUAAUGGUGGUACGUAAUAUGUACACGACUUCCUUGAGCAACGGGAAUGUUUGGCGAAUGCACGUGUUUCAAGUGUUAGAUUGGCGAUUAGCUGCUGUCAAUACUCCUAUCUGGAAUCAAAGUGUUGGUCAGAGUCCUCGUGAAACCAGUACUUAGGAACAUGUCCGUUCGGGAUCAACGCCGUGGAAGAUGAACAUGUGGCUGAGCAUCGUGUCCUUCGUUUUUGGAAAAUGCUCAAUAUGUAGGCGCAAACAGCUCUAGCGUAUGUACUAGCUACGACUAAUCAACUUGACAAACA